GUUAUCAUGUUUAGUUGAUUGUCGAUCGUUGAUUUGAUUGUGUUAACUUUUUGUUUUUUUUUUUACUUUUUCUUUUUCAGUUAUUGUCAUCUUUUUGUUGUUGGUUCUCUUUAAUUGUCUCUAUUGAUUUUUGGUGAUUACAAUUUUUGAAAUAAUUAGUUGGAUUCGUUUGCGAGAGUUUGUUGUUUGUCAACAAGUGUCUGAUUACUUGUUAGUUUUAGUUGAGAUUUUAGUCAAUAAAUUGUGAUUAUAAUUUUUGUUUUGUUCUUUGGAUUAAUUAGUAUUACUAAUUAGUGGAAAUUAAGAUUCUCUUUUUCAUUUGAACUGUGAAAUGAUUGUUUUUAUGUGAAAAUUAUGGAUACAUUUGUCUUGGUUAAAUAACAACAGAAUUUUCAACAAUUCCAUCGACACUUGUGAUUGUUGAUUCUUAUACCAAAUUUUCUGUUUAUCCUCCUAUCUUCUAAUCCGAGAAUAUUAUUUGUAUACUUUAUUUUUGGUGUUGAUCAAUAUGGAUAAAUUAAUUGCUCGUCAAGUGAAUAAAAAUGUUGAUAAUCAACAGCAACAAUAUACUUAUCCACCACCACAUGCCCACAGUUUAAUCUCUAAACGAGAAACAACUAAAUCAUCACUAUCAACAUCAUCAACAUCCUCAUCCCAAUCACCAAUGGUAAUCAAUACUGAGAUAAAACAGAAUACAGAUUCAUCAUGUUCAUCACCAAUAAAUCGUUCACCAAAUCAACGUCAACCAAUACACUCAACAUUUCUCCAUAAUAAUCAACAACAACAACAACAAUUAAACCAAGCUAAUCUUCAAAUACCACAAUCAUCAUCAUCAACAACAACCAACACAACAACAACCCAACAAUUAAUAUCAUCAAGUCAUCAUAAUAAUCAUCAUCAUGUUCAUAAUAAUCAAUUUAAUCAACAUAAUAACACCAAUAAUAAUAUUGAAGGAGGUUCACCGAUUUCAACUCAUUCAGCCGAUGAUGUUCAUAAUCAUAAUCAUCACCAACCUUUGGUAGUCAAUGGUGGUAAUGGUAAUAACAAUAGUGAUCAUAAUAAAAUAAUCUCAUCACCUGAAACAGGUAAUAACAUUAUGGUUUACUCUUCCUCGGUCGGUGAACAUGAGAUUAAAUUUACCAAAACUGAAGGAUGUACACCGUCUACCUGUAUAUGUGUAUUUAUUGCCAUACUUCUUAUAUCUAUUGGAGCAUCAUCGGGAAUUUUUUACGGACUUCGCUCAUAUGAAGAUGCUUUACUUAAAGAUUUAGUUUUCAAAGGUCAAUUCACGGUAACUCGAGGUGAUUCUUAUAGUCCAGAAUUUGAGAAACGAUCAUCGGAUGAGUUUAAAGAAACAUCUCGAAAAUAUAAAACUCGUUUGGACAUUUUGUUCAAAGAAAGUGGCCUAACCAAAGCUUUCCGUCGGUCUGAGAUUCUGGCUCUUGAACGGACACCUAAACCUCGUUCAGAUGAUCUGAUUGUCCACUUUAAUCUGGUCUUUUCACCCUUACUAAGACCUCGACUGUCACCGGCUGAUGUUUACUCGAUAUUAAUUGAAGAAAUUCGAGCCGAUCGUAAAAAGUCAUUUAAAAAUACUACGAUUGAUCCAAAUUCUAUCGAUAUAACGGAAAGAAAAUCGGAUGGAGGACGAAAAGGACUUUUCUACACAUCGUCGCCCUCUUUUCCCGCUGCAGCUCAGUUCCUAGAGAAUCCAUCACCUUGGGAAGCUCGAAUCGGUUUUCCUGGUCUAUUGGAAGGAUUGACCACUGAACCCACUCCACCGCCUCGUCGGUGUGUCCCCAUAGAGUUGCCCUUUUGUUACAAUCUAUUGCAAUACAAUUACACCUCUUACCCAAACAUCGGAGGCCAUUGGAAUUUAACUUCACUCGAAUCUGAGUUGAUCUCUUAUCGUCAAAUUGUGGACGCUGAAUGUUAUCCAUUGGCUCGAGAUUUUAUCUGUCAAGUUAUUCAACCACAGUGUUGGGAAGAUGAGAUAAUCCCACCCUGUCGAGAGUAUUGUGAAGAUUUCAUGAUCUCAUGUAAAGAUUGGUUAGUUAAAUCAAUCACCGAUAAACUAAAAUGUAAACAAUUUCCUUCAUCAUCAGAGGAAACAUCCUCAUCUACAACCUCACCCACCACAAGUUCAUCUUUAACCACUUCACCCACCAAUCCAAGUCACAUGUUAUACACAACAAGCUCCCAUGAGAAACUUUCAAGUCGAUUGGUUGGAAAGACUGAGAAUGAGAAUCGUGUUCAGCUUAAAUGUCGUGUUAAACCAACUGUAUCUGUUCAACGAUCAGCUGAACCCAUCAGGAGUAUUCAAAUUACUAAGAAUGAUUUUGAUUAAUAUAUCAAAUCGCCUUAAUCAUCAUCAUCUCUUCCGUUUUCAUCGCCAUCAUUAACUGACACUGAUGAUGUUACCAAAUUCUGAACGAUUAAAGGGAAAAAUUGUAAAAUCUCACAAUCUAAUCACCAAUAUCAUCAACAUCUUCAUAUACAGAGAAAUCAUUUAAAGUCAUCGAGAUGCUAAUCAUUUUAAUCAAACGAAACCACAAUUAAUCAAUCAACACCCAAAUGAUUUAUGGAUUAAAUCAAGUUGAUAGUUUACUACGACGAUUGUUAAUCAUUAAUAAGAUGAGAUGUUUUUCUUAUGUAAACUGGACCAAGAAAACUUUGGUCAUUUAAAGUUGGACUAAUUCGUUGAUCAACAACAAUCAGAACCCGAUUAAGAUUAAUCAUCGAAUCUUCUUUAACUUCUCUCAUCCUCCAUCCAUAAUCAUCAUCUUCUCUUCUUCUCAUGCAUGAAUAUCAUCAUCAUCAUCAUCUUUCUCUCUCUCAUCUUGUUAGAUUUUAAAGUUUCUUCUGAAUUUUUUUUCUCUUCUUUUUUUCUAUCAACUAAAAAUACAAUCAACUAACUAAUAAUAUAAAUAGUUCACCGUAUAGUUGAAACAUAUAAGUAAAAGAGGAAAAAAAUCAGAAUCAGAAUCAAUAUGAGUUCUGAACAAUUUACUUUUCUCAUGAUGCUGAUGAUGAUGAUGAUCAUCAUCAUAACCAUGUUAGUACUAUGAUAUUGUGUAUAAAGUAUUGAAAAAAAACUAUUGAAAGUUAAUCAGAAAUGAUGAUUGACAAAAAAUUAAUGUUUUCCUUUCAUUUCCAUGGGAAUUUGUUGAUUGUUAGUAAAUCAUUAAUGAACAAUUAAAUUUAUAUACCUUUUCUCUCACAAUCAAAUUGUUC